UGAAUUAUUUGUUGUAGAGCCAAAUUUCGUCGGAUCGUUUGAUAUUGGCGAGUACGUCUUCUUCUUCUUCCGUGAAACGGCAGUUGAGUACAUAAAUUGUGGUAAAAGUGUAUAUUCGAGGGUAGCCCGUGUUUGCAAAAAGGACAUAGGCGGCAAAAAUAUCCUUUCCCAAAAUUGGGCAACAUACCUCAAAGCAAGGUUGAACUGUUCAAUUCCAGGAGAAUUUCCGUUUUACUUCAACGAAAUACAAAGUAUUUAUAAAGUACCGGGUGACGACAAUAAAUUUUAUGGAACCUUCACUACCUCCACGAAUGGAUUGAUGGGCUCAGCAAUAUGUUCCUUCGCAUUAUCAGACAUCCAACGGGCUUUUAAUGGCAAAUUCAAAGAGCAGGCUUCCUCUUCGUCAGCCUGGUUACCAGUGUUAUCCAAUCGAGUACCAGAACCGCGUCCUGGUACUUGCGUAAACGACACAGAAACACUCCCUGACUCAGUUCUCACCUUCAUCCGAUCCCAUCCCCUAAUGGAUUCUGCUGUAAUGCACGAAAAUGAAAAACCAGUUUUCUUCAAAAGAGAUAUUUUCUUCACAAAAUUAGUGGUAGAUAAGAUAAGGGUCGACAUAGGAGGAGCUGUAAUUGACUAUACUGUCUACUACGCUGGAACCAAUGAUGGACGAGUUCAUAAGAUUGUGCAAUGGACUAACGUCAAUAACGGAGAAACCAGUUCAACACUUUUAGAUAUUUUCGAUGUUACUCCAGGGGAGUCUAUACAAGUAAUGGCGCUGUCACGGAAACACAAAGCCUUAUUUGUAGCAUCUGAUUUCCGAGUUAAACAGAUCGAUCUAGUCAUGUGCAACAGGAGGUAUGAUAACUGUUUACGUUGUGUACACGAUCCAUAUUGUGGGUGGGAUAAAGACAUGCUGAUUUGUAAACCGUACGCUCCCGGACUUCUCCAAGAUGUAUCCAACAACACACUAGAUAUAUGCGACAGCAGCGUCGUAAAAAAGAAGAUGGUGGCAACGUGGGGUCAAAGUCUCCACCUUGGUUGUUUUCUGAAGAUGCCCGCUGUACUUUCAACCCAAACCAUCACAUGGUUCCACUACUCAAAAGACAAGGGACAAUACAAAAUCAACUACAGGCCUGAAAAAUACAUAGAAACGUCGGAACAUGGUUUGAUCAUACUAUCAUUAACAGAAGCAGAUACUGGCCGGUAUGACUGUUGGAUGGGAGCUUCUCUACUAUGCUCGUAUAACGUCACGGUGGACUCGCACAGAUGUUCAUCUCCGUCAAAAAGCAGCGACUACCAGAAAGUCUACUCCGAUUGGUGCCACGAAUUUGAAAAAUAUAAAUCAACUAUGAGAACGUGGGAGCAGAAACAAGCCCAAUGUGUAGGGAGACAAAAUGGCAGCGAACAAAACAACCAUCCAAAUGAAAUUAUUCGCCCCUUCUUAUGAUAGCUCGCUGAACACGGGCCGUUUGCCCUAACUCCACUAGGGAUUCCUUUAUACUGGACUGUCAUCUUGUUUGUGUAAUUUUACAUCACUACAUUGUUAAAAUUUGCUAGUUAGGUUUGUCUUUUUAAAGUGCCCUCAUAAGGAUGAACGGAAAAAAAAAGAAAACAAUAAAAAAAAUGGACACGUUCAUAUACCUAAG